CCCUUUUCCUCCCGGCCGGGCUCGCGCCUCCGUGUCCGUGCUCGCUGCCGCUCCCGCCAUGGCCGCGCUCGCCCAGGACCCGCAAUUCCAGCAGCUGCUGCAAUGGCACCGCGAGCACGCCUCGGAGCUCAACCUGCGCUCCCUCUUCGAGCAGGACCCCGAGCGCUUCAGCCGCUUCAGCUUGGACCUCAACACCAACAAUGGGCAUAUCCUGGUGGAUUACUCCAAGAACCUGGUGACGCAGAAAGAGAUGCAGAUGCUGGUGAACCUGGCCAAGUCCAGGGGUGUGGAGGCCGCUCGGGACCAUAUGUUCAAUGGCGAGAAGAUCAACUUCACUGAGGAUCGUGCGGUGCUUCAUGUGGCCCUGCGGAACCGCUCCAAUCGCACCAUCUUGGUGGACGGCAAGGAUGUGAUGCCGGAAGUGAACAGGGUCCUAGAGAAGAUGAAAUCCUUCUGUCAGCGUGUCCGGAGCGGAGAUUGGAAAGGCUAUUCGGGCAAGGCCAUCACAGAUGUCAUCAACAUCGGCAUUGGUGGCUCCGACCUGGGACCUCUCAUGGUGACUGAAGCACUGAAGCCCUACUCUUCUGGGGGCCCCCGAGUUUGGUUCGUCUCCAACAUUGAUGGAUCCCACAUUUCCAAAACUCUGAGUGGCCUGAACCCAGAUACCUCCCUGUUCAUCAUUGCAUCCAAGACUUUCACCACCCAGGAGACCAUCACCAAUGCAGAGACGGCCAAGGAGUGGUUCCUCCUGUCAGCCAAGAAUCCUGCUGCUGUUGCGAAGCACUUUGUUGCUCUGUCUACCAACACGACCAAAGUGAAGGAGUUCGGAAUUGACCCCCAAAACAUGUUCGAGUUCUGGGAUUGGGUAGGAGGUCGCUACUCGCUGUGGUCCGCCAUCGGACUCUCCAUUGCCUUGCAUGUCGGAUUUGACAACUUUGAGCAGCUGCUAUCAGGAGCUCAUUGGAUGGACAAUCACUUCUGCACAGCACCCCUAGAGAAGAAUGCCCCUGUCCUGCUGGCUCUACUGGGCAUCUGGUACAUCAACUGCUUCGGAUGUGAGACACAGGCUUUGCUGCCCUAUGACCAAUAUAUGCAUCGCUUUGCUGCCUACUUCCAGCAGGGCGACAUGGAGUCCAACGGGAAGUACAUCACCAAGACGGGAGCCCGCGUGAGCUACCAGACAGGCCCCAUUGUGUGGGGUGAGCCAGGGACCAACGGCCAGCAUGCCUUCUACCAGCUCAUCCACCAAGGCACCAAGAUGAUCCCGUGUGAUUUCCUCAUCCCUGUGCAGCCCCAGCACCCCAUCCGGAAGGGCCUGCAUCACAAGAUCCUCCUGGCCAACUUCCUGGCCCAGACUGAGGCCCUGAUGAAGGGGAAGUCCACAGAAGAGGCCCGGAAGGAGCUGCAGGCUGCAGGGAAGAACAGCAAGGAGCUGGAGAAGAUCCUGCCACACAAGGUCUUUGAAGGAAAUCGCCCAUCCAACUCCAUUGUGUUCACCAAGCUCACCCCGUUCAUGCUCGGAGCCUUGAUUGCCAUGUAUGAGCACAAGAUCUUCGUGCAGGGCGUCAUCUGGGACAUCAACAGCUACGACCAGUGGGGAGUGGAGCUGGGAAAGCAGCUAGCUAAGAACAUCGAGCCUGAACUGGAAGGCAGCAACCCAGUGACCACGCAUGAUUCCUCCACCAACGGGCUGAUCAAUUUCAUCAAGCAGCAUCGGGAGGCUCGAAGCUAAUAAAGCCAUGCUCAGCCGAAGCCCUGAUUGUCACUGGUCCUUGUCCCUCCUCACCAUACCCAGUCUACACUGCAUGGUCCAGCCCAGAGCACCACCUAGUGGUCAGCUCGGACCACAGAGUCCUUUUGAGGGGGAGGCUGGUCUGGAAUGGCAACCCCCCUUUUUGCUCUGUGCCUGUACUCCUGCUGUUCUACAAUCGACCGGAGGUUUUUAGUACAACUGAUCUUUCUGACCUUGUGUUCGUACUGUUCUCAGACCAGCUAGAAAAAUAAAGAUACCUCGGAGGCCA